UAAGAUACAGGGGAAUAAUUUGGUUAGAAUUGUGAUGCAGAAACUUUUCUGUCUACGAUCUGCAAAUGAAAUUCAGAACAUCAAGAAUGGACAUGGAAUGAGCAAAAUUUCGGAUUCUGAUGGGAAGACUGUGGACAUUCCUCCAAACCCAAACCAAAGUACCCCAUUAGGAAAGACUGAAAAGCCUGAUACCCUGAAACAUUUACUCGACAAGCUGCAGAAAUUCCUGAAGGGGAAUCUAAAAGCUCUGGGGGUGGCUCAGAUUAUGAUUGGUGUGAAAUGCAUCUUUUAUGGGAUAAUUGGAUUUUUUGCUUUUGAUUCUGAAAUGUACCCAACUGUUUUCUUCUCAAUUUACACAGGCUUCCCUUUAUGGGGGGCAUUGUCUUUUAUCAUGUCUGGAUCUCUGACUGUUGUGUCUGCCAAGAAGCAAACAAAAUCACUGCUGAGGAAGAAUAUAGGUGCUAACACUCUUAGUACAUUGGUCUCGAUUGUUGGGAUCUGUAUUCUGUCAUAUAAUUUAACAAAAAAUUUCCGCUAUGAUUGCAAGAAGGAAACUCUGUGUUUGGGCAUCAAAUCAAUUGCAAUUGGACUUGUGAUUGUCCUGAUGAUCCUAACUUGUCUGCAAAUUUUAAUUUCACUCCCUCUCUCCAUGCUCAUCUAUAAUGUGGAUGACAGGAAUAUUCACUGGAUUUCUGUAUUUUUUUGCUGGAAAUCACCUUCUGAAAGUCCUUAUCAAGACUUGUUGCCUCAAACUUCAAUCUAUCAAGAACUUGAAUGUAAAGAAGAAACACCUUCAUGUUAUCCCACAGAUACUAGUAAACAAAUAUGAAGCUAUACUUCUGUAUUUUGGAUCCACAGUGAUAGCAAGAAGAUCAUACUGUGACCACUGAGGCAUAAAUAUACACGUGUGAGAAUACAACUGUGUGGUUCAAAGUCAUAAAGACAGCAACUAGCAUCUAUAGCAUCAAGAAUUUGGUUGUCACUAUUCUUUUGGUUGGAUGUUAUCACAGGCUAGGUGUAUGCUCUGUAACAAAACUUAACUUUGAAAUAUUGGUGGCUUAACACAUCAGAAGUUCAUUUACUGCAUACUUUACAUGUUCAUUGUUAGUUGGCUGUUUAGACCCACACUGAUAUGGGUUCUGCAAAAUAGAAUAAUAUCUCAAAAAGUUUUUUUUUAUUUUGCCGAGGUAGGGAAAAAAAAGUUAGAAGUUGGACCUCUGGCAAUGAGAUACUUUGGUGGAGAAGCAUGUGUCAUUCUGGCCACAGCUCAUUAAAUGGUGACCUUCCCAGUGCUGUGUGGGAGACAGGAAAUGUAGAGGGACAGAAAAUAUCAGUGGAUAAUAUUAUCUCCACCCCAGUGUUCUUCAUCAGCCAGGAUCUAUUUUCUGAGAUCACAAUUCAUUUUCCUUAUUCAUUCAUUACUACAUGUUAGAAAAAAAUCUCAAUUCCUCCAACUCUCAAAUGUAUGAACAUAAAGCUCCAUUCCUUUCUUCAAGCUCUGAAGUUUAACCUUUCUUUGAUGAAGCACAGUGAAGUCAAUGGAGACUUUCCUGGACCAGUCGUGAACACUUUGCAUGAAGUCUUUGGUCCGUCAUUUUUACACUCUGUGACUUUGGAUGUGUUUCUUUCCUGACUAAACAUCAGUUUCCUUAUCUUUCAAAUGGCCUCACUUGUGCUUAGUUCCGAUUGGGAUAUACAUCAAGGAAAAGAGUAAAUAUACGCAAAAAAUACUUUUAAUCAUACAAAAUACUAUAGAUUAUACUAUUUCAUUGGUCUAGUGUUAGGUUAAUUAUAUUGCAUCAUUCAGAGUACAUUAUGCUUUUGUGAUGAUAUUUUACAUAUGUAAGCUUAUAUAUAAAAGUUUGUGUUGCUUCGUUGGCUCACUGACAAUCCAAGUGUUACCCAUUCCCCUAGAAUAUCCAACCAGAAUGUUUCAAAGUCUAGUAAAAUUAAUAGUGUGUCCAUGAGAUCCAACAAUUCCAUUCCUGUUCUAUACAGUAUCAUAGCUACUACACACGUAUGGCAAUUAAAAUUUAAGUUCUUUAAAAUGAAAAAAAGAUUCAAAGCCCAUUUUCUUAGUGUCACUAUCCAUGUUACAAGCGUUCAAUGGCCACUUGUAGCUAGUCCAAAAUAUAUGAGGGAAAGGGCUGAUAAAACUAAAAGGAGAAAUCGACAAAUAUCCUAUUAUAUUUGGAGAC